UACCACUUGGCUGUCUCGUCCUGUCGUCACCAUCACUCGCUCGCUAACUUUCUCGCGCUCUGCUAAAGCUCCUCCCGUUUUCCCCCUCUCCGCUACCACGCCAAGCUUCAUUUUCGAGCUCACGAGCUGAUCGCCCAAAGGAAAGCGCAGGAGGCGCAUCCAUGGAGCUGCGCGCCGGAUAUGGCAAGUGCAGGCUGUCCACGAAGAGGAGCGGGAAGCAGCGGGCAAUGGCCGCACACGUCGACGGCGGCAAGAGCGAAAGCGGCGGGUCAUCGUCGUUAUCGUUCCGGCGGCGGUGCGCGCGGCUCAUCAAGGAGCAGCGCGUCCGGUUCUACAUCGCGCGCCGCUGCGUCGCCAUGCUGGCGUGCUGGCGCGAGCGCGACUACCCCUGAAGGCUGAAGCUGACUGAAAUGUAUGUACUAGCUAGCAUUACACUCGAUCGGUGGAGAAGCUGUUCUGGCGAUUUGCUGGUUUUUGCUUCUCCUUGACAUGUGUCUCUGAUUAUUCUAUAUGUGGUUGAUGAUCUAGAGGAGAUGGAAUGAGAGAUUCUUGACCA